AUGAAAGUGAGACAGCGAUUGAUGGUGAAGCCAUUCGGGAAGUUGAUUUGUACUGGAACUCCAAACCGCCCGCAGCUGCUGAGGCCCAACUUCCGGCGUCCCACGUACAAUCCUCGCACCCGAAGCACCGUCGCCACGCCGAAAUCUACAACCACAGAGCGCCCAACGGUGAGUGCUUCCUCCACGACGGCUCGAUCGUUUCUGCUGCGCCGAGGAUCGCGACCGCCAAGCACGCAGCCAACGACCACGAGCGCGCCGCCGCAAGCGAGCCCCAAAACUCCGCCGCGGAUCGCCAUCCGACGAAAAUUCGGCGGAUCGCGUGGGGAGACGCCCCAGCCCGCCAAGUCCACCACCACGGCCGCUCCGCCGAAAAGCAAUGAUCUCGUACUCAAAAACACGCGUUUAGGCACAACAGAGCAGACCACCUACAAGAGGCGUUACACCUUCACCACAAAGCCAUCCUUGAGGACAACAACACCGGCAACAACAACCUCUGCGAGCUCAACAGUGGCAACAACCAUCAUCGAUGGGGUUGACCAGGAAAUUGAACAGAGCAUAAAUCAGGAGAACAAAUUCUCAAGCAGUCGCUACAAUCAAAUAAGCGAACCCAUCGACGAGGAAUUCGUCCUGGCUAUUAAGACCAUCUCUAAAGCUCCGCCGCCAGUUCCCAUUUCCACCCCCAAAGCAGACAAUUCCUUCAAAGACGUCUCGCCACUGCAACGAUUUGAGCUGUCAACACCAAGGAAACCUGUCUCUCCCACACCAAGAGUUACCCAUAGACGACCAAGUACGACAAGAGCUCAGCUAAGCAGCGUGAGUCGCCGACCGAAAGUCCCUGCAGCUUUCGACAGGAUUCUGCCGUCGAGGAGAUCCCAGAGAUUGCACUCAUCCUCGCCGAGAUCAGACUCAGACUUUGUGAGCAAAACCUACCGGCCAGUCAUCGAUUAUGACUAUUAUGACGAUGAAGACGAUAGGAUAAUCGGAAAAUCCAAUUCACAAGUGAAGGUGAUUCUCCACGGCCACGGAGUAAUCGAGUGUCUGGACCAGGGCAAUUUUCCACAUCCGUUAUCAUGUCGAAAGUUCAUUUCCUGCGCCAAAAUGGAAAAUGGGGGCGUGGUAGGAUGGGAAUAUACGUGUCCGAAAGGCCUCAGCUACGAUCCCGUGGGUGGCAUUUGCAAUUGGGCAGCCGGAUUGGGGUGCAAGGAGUAGCGUGAAUGUGUGCAAUCUCAUCCCUUGUAAUUUAUUCUGUCUGUCUUCACAUCGAAAAUGUGCUCUCUCUCUAUGGAGAUUUGCUGAGAUUCACCCUCGGAUUCUCCGCAAAAGUGUAACGCCAUGAUUAUUAAUCUAUAACGACAAAAUUCCAAAAUCUCGACUGAAUGCAUAAUGAUCUUUGUGGGAGAAUUCCAAAUUCAUAUGGAUUUGUUUUUAUUUUCGUUUAAUUCGCUAAUAACAUAAUGUUAAGAUUAUAG